CUGGCAUGAGCUAGACUACAUUUCCCAGCUCCCCUUGCGGUUAGCUGGAACCACGUGACUGCAUUUGGACCCAUGGAAUGAGGACAGCUUUGCCGCUAUAAUGCUCCUCCUUCCGGAUCUUAUUCUUACCCCCAGCCUUCACCCCACCAAGUAGUCUUCAAGACUCCCUUUCUCUCCCCCCGUCUGCUGGUAGAAGAAUGAAGAGAAUCCCAGGGCCCUAGAGGAGGGAAUAUAGUAGCUCCAGCUGGUCUUAAGGGUUAACUUGCUUCAAGGUAACACAAUUCUUGCUUGCUGACUUAAAGCCCUUGAAAGAAACCUAGUUAAAUGAAUUGCACCAGAGACUUGCAAGAACUUCCAGGUGGGAGAAGGAAGGACAAGAAGAGAUUAGAAAAAGGUCUUUGGGCCUUCGAUGUGAAGAACUCUUUAGUGAUGGAGGUGAUCGAUGCACGAAAGAUAAAGACAGAAGAAGAACUCACAGAGAACAUCGGGCUUCCCCUGUGUGUGCUUGAGAAACACAAUCCUUGGCCAGCCUAUGUGACAUAUAUGUCCCCGAUGGUGAAGAGACUCAUUGAGAAAAGCAAAGCUAGAGAUCUGGAAUGUAUGCAGGCACUCGAGGAAAGCCAACGGACAUUGAGGCAGAACAAGCUGGCCAGCAUCACUCAGCUGAAAAGGAAAAAGUCAUCUAAGGGUCCUGGAAACUUGAUGUUGAAGGACAUGAGGUCAGAGACCAUGUUAUCAGUGUGGAGCUCCUACUCCGUACCGGCCACAGGUCCCACCGCUAUGCCAGAGCCAAGGCACUUCCAUACGGAUUCCAGAGAAAAUCCCACUGCAAACUAUAACAAGAUCAUCUUCUCUCGAAAACCCAUGAUGAGGCUGCUUCCGUACAGCUCUCUUCUAGUCAGCAAAGAGAAACAUUCAAGUGUUUAGCAGGGAGCCCCUGCAGUCAUCUCCACCCCUCCACCAAGAUCGUACAGUAAUUAAGCUCCAUGUGCUGCAAAUUUCCCUAUGUCCUUUAAAUGUGAACUUGUCCCUGCUUGUGCAGAGGUUGGCUGAGAUAAACCAGAUCUGAAUGUAGGCCGUGGGUGGGCAGGUAUACCCCCUCCAGCAUGACAGUCAGAUGGGGUUGGGAAACCCCACGCCCCAGUUCCUGCCAUAUAUGCUUAGAACCUAACUGAGGAUGAAUGAGUUCCAGUCCAGGCAGGACACAGAAACCACACCGGUUACUAUACCAGAGGUAAUCCAAUAGAAAGAAUUACUAACCAGGUAACUGGAAAGGUGGGACAAGAACCCAAUGGUAUUAGUGGAGGCAGCCACCUGCAAGGAAGCUGUUUUCCCAAGGCUGGGGGAGCAAAGGCAAGAUAUUGGACUUAUUAAAAGUUAGGCAUUUGGAGAGUGGGCAUGUGGGCUCAAUUUCAGAUUUUUGAGACUGGGCAGGGUGGGGGAUACUCCUCAGUGGGUUCUGGUGUCCUUGAGCUUGGAGGAAAUUUCCAGCGGGGAGGGUAUCUCAGUCUCUGUGGAGGGGAAGCUCGUUGGCUGAGGUUGAUUCUGGGAUGGUUGAGAAAACCAAAAACUGGACUCAAAUGCUUCUGGAAGGAAUUGACCCUGCCUGAGAGAACAAGAAGCGUUGCCAGUGGAAACAGACAGGGACAGGAAGCCAGCAGAGGGGUAAACAGGAAGCAAACCAGGAGAGAAUUCCUUCCUCCCCUUCCAGCCUCGCUGCCCCAUACCCCCUAUGGGCAGAAGGUAUCAGGGAGGAAAGCAGGAAUGUGGUUUGCAGAAUCCUGAAUGCCAACAUCUCAGCAUUGGAUGAAAGGAUAGACUUGAAGCCAGGAAUACAUUAGCUUCAAAACUAGCACGCUGGUGUUCUGAGUGAGCCCACCUUGCUCCACCAGGCACCUGAACUUGGAAUUGAGAUGUUUACUCCUUGGUGGGUUUACAAAGCGGCAGUGGGGGCGUGAGUGUCCCCUGCUGAGAAAUGGAGGAUUUCCUCCCCUGUACUACUUUAAGGUUUGCCUUGUGGAGUCAAGUUGGCAGGGGAGAAGUUCCUGGCUGGACACCAGCUGUAAUUUGUCAGACCACACUUAGCACUGGUCCAUCCGUGCUCUGGGCAGUUCCCAAUUGGCCCCAAAGCAAGUGAUGUUAAACUUAGUCUCAAAGCAGACAGACUUUGUCUUUAGAUGCAAGGGGAAUCUGGUUAUGAUAGGGAGACCUAGCUGAUGUCACGACUGGGGUUUAUCUAUUGACUAUAGCAUGCCUCCAUUGGUAGCUUCACCUGAAUUUCUGUAUUUAUAUUCGUGAAGCAGUUGAUACGCAUCUUGCUUCCCUAACAGACAUGUAGAGGCAAGUUGCUAUAAAUGCCAUUUGAAGAAGUCAAGUUUGCCCUACACAUGCAUACUCUCCAUACAGGAAUCUUGCAGAAAUUUUGGCACUCACCUCUGGCUGCUGUGAGUAGCGUUGGGACAGCUUCACACAUUAGGAGCCCUGGACCCAUUCCUGGGUUGCCAGGUUUUGGCCAGAAUGAAUUCUUGCAAAAAUAUAGGUGGUUUCCAGUGAAUGUGAAUGACUGUAUUUCGUGUCCGUGGAUCAUUUAUAGACAUGGAAGCAGGUGGUAAAUUCCUCCCAAUGAGAAUUUUUCUCUCUUCUCUCCUUUCAUGGGAGUUUAAAGCCAGAGUAUAUUUUGGGUAGAUUUGGGAGUAGAUUUGCCUUUCUGGGAGCACAGGGAUGUCUCUCAGGUUCUCAUGAGCAAAGCUAGUUUCAGCAAAUGUCUAACAUUGAGUGUUAGAGUUUAUCGAGAUUUGGGAUUAUUUCUUCCAAUCCCUCUUUGAGGGCAAAG